GAUGGGAAGAUCAUGAUCUCAAUUGGUUGGUCUCUUGAUAACAUAAAUGGGAGAAAUAAAUAUUUUAAGCAUGCUAGACCAAUUUUCUUAUUACAUAUCUGAUAUUUUGUUAGGAAAUAUGGUCUUGACGACAAUAUUGUGGACUUUAUUGGUCAUGCAUUAGCUCUUCAAAGGGAUGACCGUUACCUAAAUGAACCUGCACUGGAUACCGUGAAAAGAAUGAAGCUUUAUGCUGAGUCUCUAGCACGUUUUCAAGGAGGAUCGCCAUAUAUAUAUCCUUUAUAUGGACUGGGAGAACUUCCACAAGCCUUUGCACGGCUUAGUGCAGUUUAUGGAGGGACAUAUAUGUUGAAUAAACCUGAGUGCAAGGUUGAGUUCAAUGAGGAGGGAGAAGUCAUUGGGGUCACAUCUGAAGGUGAAACUGCUAGAUGCAAAAAAGUUGUGUGUGAUCCAUCAUACUUGCAAAACAAGGUUAGAAAGGUUGGUAAGGUUGCAAGGGCAAUUGCCAUCAUGAGCCAUCCAAUACCGAACACCAAUGAUUCUCACUCAGUACAGGUUAUCUUGCCACAGAAGCAGUUGGGUCGCCAAUCAGACAUGUGAGUUUUCAUAUAAUAUUCCUCAGAAGAAUUAGCUAUCUUAUUUGUCGUUUCCUAAAUGGGACUGAUAACUUUGCUCU